AUAAAGUUGGGGAAGUUGUGGGUCCAAAGCCAAAUAUGGGAUGGGUUAAAUAUGUGAAUAAGACGGAUGUUGAUGAAUAUGUGGAAAAGAGAUUAUGUAACAAAACUAAAGCAGCAGCGUGGUUCGUGUCAAAUUGCAAGGACAAAAAUAGCAGACAAGCGUUUGUGAGCGAAUUAAACGUACAUUUAAAAACAUACGAAUUGUCAGUGGACACAUACGGUAAAUGUGGAAGUCUCAAGUGUCCCAAAACACAGUGGCAAGUGUGCAAUGCGAUGCUCGAAAAUGACUAUUAUUUCUAUAUGGCCUUAGAGAAUUCAGUUCAUGAAGAUUAUAUUACUGAAAAGGUACUAACUGCUUUACAGAACAAUGUUGUUCCUAUAGUACAUGGAGGAGCAAAUUAUACUAGAUUUUUGCCACCUCGGUCCUACCUAGAUGCCCGAUUGCACUCCACUAAAGACUUGGCAGAAAUUAUGUAUAGCAUUAUGAUGUCCCAGAAGACAUACGAUCAGUUUUUUAAAUGGAGGAAUUAUUACACAUACCACGACGCUAUCUCGGAGAACAUGUGUAGAGUAUGCCAGGCCCUCAACAAUAAAGCAAGAUUUCGAGCUUUUAGUGUACAUAAAAGCUUUAGACGCUGGUGGAAUACAAAAGAUUGUGAUUCGAAGAAAAAAUUAAAAGGUUUUUACCUCCGGGGUCGUAUCUAAACGCUCGUUUAUAUAGCCCUGGUAGGUUGGCACGCCGCAUGUAUCGACUAAUGCAAUCUGAGAAAAGAUAUAGGAAGUACUUCAGGUGGACAAGGUACUACAGUUACCACGACGCUAGCAGCUCCAACAUAUGUUCCCUAUGCAGUGCCCUGAACAACAGGACCGGAUUCGAGACCUACUCUCUACGUAAGGACUUUCUAAAAUGGUGGAACCGACCUGAAAAAUAUGAGCGAUGUUUGUU